CAGCCCGGCGCUCUCAGCUGCCCAGAAGAGCGCCUGCGGAAACUUGCUUAUCAAGGUCUCCCCCAACGUCCGGCCCUGCCAAGCGGCUCACAGUGACCACCUAGAAACCAUGGGGGAAGCCGUGUGUGCAGCUGCGCACCCGUCCAAGUCCCUGUGCGCCCGCUCUCAGCCCGAAGACUCCCUCCCACAGGCUCCUCUCCGCGCCCGGACGACCCCACCCGCUUCCCAGCAGGCCGACGGCGCUGAGUGCCCUCCACGAGCUCUUCCGCCUAUACCAAGUGGUGUUAAAGAUGAUAUUCUACUUAGUCAUCCUAAGAAAAAGAGGUCUAGAUCAAAAAACUUGAGAGCUAGUGCCUCUUCAGAGGGCCUUGCUGAGCCUGUUCUUCAUAGGCCAUCUGAGGGCAAUGAGCCACCAACUGCAGCGCUCAAAGAGGAUUCAGAAGCUCCCGUUCAAAGGAGGCAGAAGAAACCACGGCCACCUCUUGAGCGUGAGACUUCCUUUACUCAAAAGAAGACCUCUAGUCCAUCUUUAUUACAAAAUGAAAAUGGUAUUAAUGUGGACCCAGCUGAGGAGGCAGUUACUCAAAAACCUCGAAGGAAGGCAAGGAAGACCAAGCAAGCACAGCUACAGUAUGCCAAUGAGCUAGGAGUAGAAGAUGAAGACAUAAUUACUGAUGAGCAAAGAGUUCCGGAACAACAGUGUAGAUUCACUGCACCCACUGGAAUUAGCCAGCCUGUAGGCAAAGUAUUUGUAGAAAAAAGUCGGCGAUUCCAGGCUGCUGAUCGUUCAGAAUUGAUAAAGACCACAGAAAACAUAGACGUGACCGUGGACAUGAAGCCAUCCUGGACCACCAGAGAUGUGGCACUUUCCGUGCACCGAGCUUUCAGGAUGAUUGGUCUCUUCUCUCACGGCUUCCUGGCGGGCUGUGCGGUUUGGAAUGUUGUUGUGAUCUAUGCUCUAGCAGGAGAGCAGCCCCUGAAUGUCUCCAACCUACUGCAGCAAUACAAGACCUUAGCAUAUCCAUUCCAGAGUCUCCUGUACUUGCUUUUGGCUCUAAGUACAGUUUCAGCUUUUGACAGAAUUGACUUUGCUAAGACAUCAGUAGCAAUCCGAAAUAUUUUUGCCUUGGACCCAACAGCUUUAGCAUCUUUUUUGUACUUUACUGCUCUUAUACUGUCUCUGAGUCAGCAAAUGACAAGUGACAGGAUCCACCUGUACACGCCUGCUAACAGCAGCCUCUGGGCAGCAGGAAUCGAGGAACAGAUUCUGCAGCCAUGGAUUGUGGUGAAUUUGGUGGUGGCUCUUCUAGUGGGAUUGUCUUGGCUAUUUUUAUCUUAUAGGCCAGGCAUGGAUCUUAGUGAAGAAUUAAUGUUUUUCUGUGAUGUGGAAGAGUACCCUGAUAAAGGCAUCAAAGCCUCUUCGUAGUAUCAACUCAUCUGCAGAGGAGUAAUGACCCAGUAUUUUUCUCACUUUUCAAAAAAAAGCAUUUUAUAAGAUAUGUGUGUGUAUAUAUAUGUACACAAUUGAUUAAUCCUGAAAAAUUUCUCAAGAUUAUAGAAGAAUGUUAAAAUUCAAUCUUUAAUUUACGUGAAAACAUUAAUUUCUUCGGCCUUAGGAUAUUAAUGAUAAAAGAGAGAAUGAUGUAGAAACCAGCAGAUAAAAGUGUUUAUUUCCUGCUCUCCCUAAUUGUUGUUUUCAUAAUUAGUAUCUUAAAAAGACUUAAUUCAAAAAAAUUCCUCAUUUCAGUGUCACACAGUAUAUGCCAAAUUUAAUUACAAAUUUAGAGAAUAGAAGGUAAAAAAGAAAAAAAUAACUUCAUUGUUCUGUUAUUUCCUUGCUGAAUAAAUUGAACUAUAAAAUUUGUCUUUUCUGAAUCCAACUUAGUAGUUCUGUGUCAUAUGAUAAUUAUCAUGUAGUUUUAAGAUGUGUAUUACUUUAUGGCUAAUGAAACAAAUUGAUCUUUAGUUUGAAGGUUUUUAUGACUUGAAAGUUUUAUUUCUCUCCAAAAUCUAUAGCAGGGCUCCUCAUCUGUGUGCACAUCAGAAACAUUCAGGGACAUAACUUAUAAAUGUGUAGCAGGAGUGACGGAACCAGGUGGAAGCCCCUGAUGGGUCUCUUCAGAGCUCUCUUCUGAUUGGCUGCUUUGUUUGAGUAAGAGGAAAUGUGAGCCAAAAACCUCUUUCCUUACUGUUGGUCAGAAAGAUCUUUGGCAGGGCAGAAACCCUGCUCCUGAGGUGUGGCACUGGAAAAGCUGUCUUCAGAGCUAUAUCCUGUGUUUUGUCAGCUGGCAACUCUGAAACCCGACAGCUCAGAACAAUGGCAAGACAUGCUGAGGAAGGAGUCACUCAAAGGCUGUGGACCUAAUCAGUAGAACUGUGAGGCCUGGAUGUUGUAGAACAAGGAGGACGGACAAGUUGAUGGUAGAACAGGUACCCUGAGUUAAGUUUAGAUUUGGUGCAAGCACAUUUUGGGAAUGUCUUUUUUUCUCUCUAAGGCUGGAGCUGUUGAAUAGAGGUUACUUCUUCUGUCAGAACUGAAUCCACUAGCAAUUCUGAAGUCAUCCUGCCAGUUCUGGUUUUCACUGUAGUCACCAGAGGUUCACAUAUGACAGCACACUGUUGGGGAAGUUCAUAAUCCUCCCCAUCUGCAUGUUGCAGAGAAGCCAUGCUCAUCAGACCUGAACUUGCUGCACAGGAACAGUGUCAUCAAGGAACAGUAUUGGAAUGCUGCCACCAGUGUGGGGGAUUGUGGGAGCUGUUCAGUGUCUACCAAAUAGGUCCUAAUCCCUGAAAUAGGAAUAUACUGCCUUACACAGCAAAAAAGAUACAAAUGUGAUUAAGAGUUUGA